AUGUUUUCCCGACUAUCAAGUCCGAUCUGUUUUCAUACGCAAUUAGAAGGUGCUGGUCUGCAUGCAAGUGUGGUUGUGAGUGGGAUCACAAACAUUGGUAAUGCUGACAAUCGUGAAAACCAGGACACAUUCUUGUCGUUCUACGAUUCCAAUAACGCCGCCUUGGUGAUAGGCCUCUUUAACGGCCAUGGGCGAGGUACUGGGCGAGAUGUAGCCCAAGCAGCCAUGCGAUACUUCGAGGCGCAGUUCCAGGGAUACACGUACAACGACUACGUUACCUAA